CGUCUGUCCGUUCCUUCCUGCACCGCACCGCACCUGCAAAAGCAAAAGAGAUUUUCCUCACAAUCUUUCAUGCUACGCUCCCCUCUCACUUGCCUAUCCACUACUACCCUUCGCAAAUCAAUGACCCUCUCCCCUCCUCUUCGACCAGCAAAACAGCCUCGUCUCAACUCACCAGGUAGCACCUCCACCACCACCAGCACCGCUAGCGUCAGUAUGUCCGCUCCCACUCCCACAUCCUCUUCUUCCUCCUUCCUAGUCCAACUAGACGCCGCCCACCCUGGCGCCUGUCUCCCCACCCGCGGGUCCGCCCUCGCGGCAGGCUACGACCUCUACUCUUCCGAAACCCUCACCCUGCCCGCACGUGGGGGACGUAAAGUGGUCCAGACUGGGAUCCGUAUCAAAGUACCCCAGGGAACAUACGGAAGGGUUGCUCCUAGGAGUGGCUUGGCAGUGAAGCAUGGGAUUGAUGUGGGUGCGGGAGUGGUGGAUGAGGAUUAUAGAGGACUUCUGGGGGUAUUGUUGUUUAAUUUUGGAGAGGAGGAUUUUACGAUCAAUCAAGGCGACCGGAUUGCCCAACUAGUCCUAGAGAAGAUUGCCACCCCCGCUGUCGUGCAAGUAGAGUCUCUGGAGGCAACUGAGCGCGGUGAAGGUGGCUUUGGGCACACGGGAGGGUUUGGUGCAAAGGUGGUGCAAGUGCAGGAGCCAAAGGAAGCCUCGUCCAAGUAGACAAACGAUGUGACUGCAAAUCAAGCUGCGCUGCCAGAGCUUUCUAUGUUCCUUCAAGCGACCACAAAGACAAAGCGAAGGUUUUGCUGCUGGAGAAAUAGAUGUGAUAUUCUCGUGAAUAUGAUGCAAAAACUCAGAGGGGGGCUCUAUCUUUGUAUAAUCUGCCCGCCUGAUCCACCAGCUUGCGCUUGCGCUCAGACUCCCACUCCUACUCAUGCCUCGACUUGGUAGACACAAGCCCCCCCAGCGGGUUGACUCUCCAGCAAUGCCUCUCCAAUUUCCAUUUCGCUAAGCUGCUUCUCCAAUCUCUUUCCAUAGAAUCCUUCCGGUCCAUAGUACUCCUUCUUGAGCGCCUCGACUACCGCUUCCACCUUGGCCUUGGGUACUAGAUGCACCGUUGAUCCACCCCAUCCUGCUCCCGUCAACCUGCUUCCCAGUGAUCCG